UCCUACGCCACCUCUCCAAUCACCCCCAACCUCUACGCCGAACUCCAACUCCUCCUUCUCACCUUCUCCAUCGGCAUCCAAGAUGCCACCACCUUCCCCGACUACCAAUGCUUCACAUCCAACCAAACCGGCAACACGAUCAUGCUGAUCGUGGUGGGCAUCACCUCCUCCCCAGACCUCGCCAUCGCCUCCAACAUCGGCACCAGCCUCGCCCUCUUCCUAACCGGGGCCUUUCUCACGGGCCAACUAGGCGUUCACAUCUUCGGCCCACGCACCCGCGCCUGGCUCUUCGCUAUCAACCUCCUUCAAACAUCCAUGGUGUUUGCCGCAGCGGUCUUGCAACUGGAAGACAAUCCCAGCAGUACGCAACCCCCAAAUCCAAAUAUCACCUUAGCGGUAAUUGCGCUUUUGGCCUUCUCGGCGGGGUCGCAGGUUGUGAUGUCACGGGCGUUGCGGAUCACGGAGAUAAGCACUGCCAUGGCGACGGCUGCGUGGGUGGAUUUGUUGGUGGAUGGGCGGAUUUGGAACCGCGAGAAUCGAGCGAGGAAUCGGCGCGUGGGGUUUUUGGGAUGUUUGGUGGCGGGG